ACCGCAGUCACACACACACACCGGCCCGACCCAUCACAUAGCAAUGCUAGGACUUGUUUAGUAUCAGCUCCAGGCAAGUCACUAACUGGAUCAUGUACCCUUAUAUGGAUUAUUCCUGUUUCUCCCAACACUAUUAAACCUUUCUGACGAACUCUAACAAAGUCUGGAUCGAAAUUCGUAGAUUGUUAUUGUGGUUCGGGACAUUCCAGCAGUAGCUAGCCGAGAGCUACUUCGGCUUUGACCACUGCGGCCAGGUGCUGUGUAAGGAUGCAGGAGUUCUGAGGAUGGUUUUCGCAGUGCUCACGAUGGCUGCGACGGGAGGAGCGGUGACCUCCCAGCCCAAUAAUGGCUCCAAGGACUUUUGCUACACGGGCCGGAUCACCAGUACUGUACUCAAGGGUCUGCCCUUCGGAGGAGUGCCCACUGUACUCGCUCUCGACUUUAUGUGCUUCCUGGUGCUGCUAUGUGUGUUCUCAUUGUUGAGAAAGGUGGCAUGGGAUUACGGCCGUCUUGCAUUGGUUUCUGAUGCUGACAGUAGGCGGAACGAGGUGUACCAGCGCCUGGAAGAGGAAUAUGUGGCUUCCGCCACGCAGACGCCCGCCGACUCUCGCUACGAGCGCCUCACCUCCGUGUCCAGCUCGGUCGACUUUGACCAAAGAGACAACGGCUUCUGUUCCUGGCUGACCGCGAUCUUCAGGAUAAAAGAUGAUGAGAUCAGGGAGAAGUGCGGCGAGGACGCGGUCCACUACCUCUCGUUCCAGCGGCACAUCAUUGGUCUGUUGGUGGUGGUGGGCGUGCUCUCCGUGGGUAUCGUCCUACCUGUCAACUUCUCAGGAGAUUUAUUAGGAAGUAAUGCCUACAGUUUUGGGCGAACUACAAUAGGCAACAUAAACCCUGGAAAUGAACUUUUAUGGCUACACACUGUAUUUGCCUUCUUGUAUCUGUUAAUGACUGUGUACAGCAUGAGGAGACACACAUCAAAGAUGCACUACAAAGAGGACGACCUGGUGAAGCGUACUUUAUUCAUCAACGGGAUUGUGAAGUAUGCAGAUGAGAGCCAGAUCAAGCAACAUUUCGAGCAGGCGUAUGAAAACUGUGUUGUUCUGGAUGCGCGCAUGUGUUACGACGUUGCCAAGCUCAUGUCCCUGGAGUCUGAAAGGAAAAAAGCCGAACGCAGCAAGAAGUUCUACACGGACCUGAUGGACAAAGAGCACGUGCCCACAAUGAUCAACCCCAAACCCUGCGGUCACCUCUGUUGCUGCAUCAUCAAGGGCUGUGAGCAGGAAGAGGCUGUGGCCUACUACACUAAACUAGAGGCCAACCUGAGGGAGGAAUACAGAAAAGAGAGAGAGAAGGUCAACACUAAACCUCUGGGCAUGGCCUUCGUUACCUUCCAGAAUGAAGCCACGACAGCGCUCAUCCUGAAAGACUUUAAUGCGUGUCAGUGUCACGGCUGUCACUGUCGCCGUGAGCCGAAGUCAUCUCCUUUCAGCUGUAUCCUCAACACUUAUAACUGGACCGUCACGUACGCUCCUGAUCCACAGAACGUCUACUGGGAGCAUCUGUCCAUCGGUGGUCUGAAAUGGUGGCUACGCUGCUUAGUCAUCAACUGUCUGCUCUUCAUCCUCCUCUUCUUCCUCACCACCCCCGCCAUCAUCAUCUCCACCAUGGACAAGUUUAACGUCACCAAACCUGUGGAGUACUUAAACAGCCCGAUUGUCACCCAGUUCUUCCCCACCCUGCUGCUGUGGUGCUUCUCGGCCCUCCUUCCCACCAUCGUCUACUACUCCGCCUUCUUCGAGGCUCACUGGACGCGAUCUGGAGAGAACAGGACCACCAUGCACAAAUGUUACACCUUCCUCAUCUUCAUGGUUCUUCUGUUGCCGUCUCUGGGGCUCAGCAGUUUGGAUCUUUUCUUUCGCUGGCUCUUUGACAAUAAAUUCCUGGACGAGGGAAAAAUACGAUUUGAGUGCGUCUUUCUGCCGGAUAACGGAGCGUUCUUUGUCAACUAUGUUAUCGCGUCUGCGUUCAUCGGUAACGCCAUGGACCUGUUACGCAUUCCUUACUUUCUCAUGUACAUGAUCCGUCUGUGCCUGGCGCGCUCGGCUGCCGAGAGACGCAACGUUAAGAAGCAUCAAGCGUACGAGUUUCAGUUUGGAGCGGCUUACGCCUGGAUGAUGAACGUCUUCACUGUUGUCAUGACCUACAGCAUCACCUGCCCCAUUAUUGUACCGUUUGGUCUGAUGUACAUGCUACUGAAGCACCUGGUGGACAGGUAUAACAUGUAUUAUGCCUACUUGCCCUCCAAACUGGAUAAGAAAAUCCACUCUGGAGCCGUCAACCAGGUGGUGGCCGCACCCAUCCUCUGCCUCUUCUGGUUGCUCUUCUUCUCUACUGUCCGCACAGAUUUUUCUGCUCCUACCUCGAUGUUUACCUUCGUGGUUCUGAUCAUCACCAUCAUCAUCUGCCUCUCGCACGUCGUCUUCGGUCAUUUCAAAUACCUCAGCGCGCACAAUUACAAGGUUGACAUGGAUGGUGUGGACAAUGGACGGGCACCAGCCUCGUCUCCACCCGUCAAGUCUGUGCAGACGUACGUGGCGCAGGUGCUGCAGGACACCGAUGAGACGGGCAGCGAUGAGGGGCAGGGCUCCUCACAGGACGAAGAAGCCGUCAACGAGGGCUACUUCCAGUCAGGAGAGGACAGCCUUAUUGAGAACGAGGUGCGCCAUUGACCCGAGCCGCACCGUGUGUUGGACUUGGUGACGCGAGCAGGUCUCCAACCCCACCUCAUUACACUGAACGUGUGUGUGAAUCCAUCACAGCUGAUACACUCCCGUAUGGGCGGGGCUUGGAGACGGGAUGGCCAUUUCUCCAGAACGUGGAGCGACUCUGAAAAUAUGACUCUCACUCACAAUCAGUCCCAUUCUCCAUAUCUGUAUCAGAAAUUGCUUAUCAAAAUAAGUUUGCUAGGUACCGUUGCUAGCUCUUGUCCUUAAAUAAGCUUCAAAAAAACCAUUGCUGAAAGUUUGCCAUUUUAAAUUCAAAUAGGUCGAUGUUGUGAACUAAAAACUGUUAAAGUGCUUUUUUAGAUGGGCUUUAGUUUAGCAGGUAUACCAGACCUUAGUGAAAGGAAAACCGGGCGAGUGGUCAAUAUCGCAAAAAAUGUAAGUGAGGAAUCGGGCACAAAACAAUUAUUGUACGCAAGGAAACGAAUAGAUGGCAGAACCCCACAAUCAGAGAAUUGGAAGCACAGUGCAAUACACAUCCAAAACAUUCUACCGAAAAAUAAAUUGCUGUUUUCUACGGCCCAGCUGAAUUCGCACAACAUGGCAGUAUAUUUAGGAUAAACAAAUUUAUGCAACUUCCCACCAAAGUGACUGUAUGUAUGAUGAAGGUCAUUUCAAGUUCCCCUUGUAUGAGUAAACGCUAGAUGACACUGAAUCUGAAAUCUCAGCCUGCUGAAGAAUCCAAAACGGACGUGGAACACUAACUGUCUCACUGCUCAGACGUUCUGUCUGACACGGCUGACUCUCAAAUCAAGGUCAAACGCUUCUGAACUCUUCCGUGUUUCAAGAGUUUCUGUGUAAAGCUCUGCAUUAGUGCCGUGUCGCUGCGCUGCGUGUUGGAAUACGCCACUGCUUUCCCGAUCCGACAUCACAUGGAGCAGGUUUGACUUGUGUUACUCUACUGUGGAAUGUGGUGUAGAUGGUGAUACUGUAGCAAACGCACAGCAAGUUCCCUCCGCGGACAUUAAGGAGGGGAUUUGCCUAUGUGAGUAUGUUUUUCUUUUGUUCUUAUGCAUGGAUAUGAAAUAACACUUAUUGGCAAUUGAGUUUUUUCUUUUUGAUGUUUUAAAGCUAACAAGUGACAUUAACGAUGAAUGUCAAAUGUUGAUCACAUGACAUGGCCGCACACAAACUGAUAAACCUGCAUGGAAUACUCGAAAUAUCUCCUAAAAAUGGGGUUUACGGCAUUUGUGACGAUUUGGCUUUGUCAUCUGAGAUCCAGCGUAUGAUUUAUUAAUAUGACCGUCUCUAAUGCUAUAAUGAUGGGUUCCUCAAGAGUGCAUCUGAAUGACCCGUGUGCAUUAAACGAAGGUCAUCAUUUACUCGCCCUCGUCAUUUCGGACCUGUUCGAGUCCGCAGAACACGAAAGAAGAUAUUUUGAAGAAUCUUCUAUUGUAUGGACAGAAAACCAAUGCAAGUGAAUGGCUGCCAUCGCUGUUCGGUCAAUGACAUUUUUCAAAAUAUCUUCUUUUGUGUUCUGUGGAAGAAAACAACUCAGACAGGUUUGAAAUGACAAGAGGGUGAGUAAAUAAUGACAGAAUGUUCAUUUUUGGGUGAAUGAUCACUUUUACUAGCUCAUUCUUACAGUUGUGUGAUUGACUUUAACAGGCUUUGUUUAGUAGUUACAAUCUGACAAACAUAAUGUUGUGACCGUUAUGAAGCUGCAGUUUUUUGUUUUCUUAAUAACUGUUUUUGUCACCAUGUUAAGACAAACACGAUGUCACUUUACUUUUAAAAAACACUUUUCUAAAUCAUUUAAAGAAUGUUUUUCUCUGAAUGAAAUGUCUUUCUCUCAAGAAAGUUUUAUGACCGUUUAGCUUUCUUUUCUCAUUACUAUGAAACAAUAAUUCCCACGAAAUAAUCAUUCUGUCUGGGGAUAUUUCAAAGCUUUUUUACCACUAUUAUGAACGUCAGCAUUAAGUACAUUCCCAGAUAGCACAAUCCAUCUGGUUUACGUCUAUUUGACGUCUGCAUUUACGUCUGCAAGACAUCUUAAAUACAUAGUUUGCUCAUGUGCAUUACGUCUUGGAGACGUCUGAACGUCUGUAAUACGUCUGCUAAAGAUCUGGAGAUCUGCUGCUUAAAAACAUCUGCUAAACAUUUUAGAAAGAGCAGCUUUACAUCCAUUCUAAAUCAUAAACAUCUUACAGACAUCUUCUAGAUGUCUAUAUGAUGUCUGACAGCAGACAUCUCCGAGACGUAUUGCAGAUGAGCAAAGGAUGUAUUGUAGAUGUCUUGCAGAUGUAAAUGCAGACGUCAAAUAGACGUAAACCAGAUGUAUGUGUGCUAUCAGGGUUUGGUACCGUUGAGUAUAAAUGUUAUUUUGGGGUGGGUGGGUUCUCGACGGGUUUGUUUAAGAAAUGAAACAGAUGAAGGCCGUGCCUGAGUUCAUAUUGUAAAACCGUUGUAUUUUCGUUGCCCUCUUUUGCAUAUUAUAUGGUCAUCUCUGUGUGUGUGUAGUUCUCAUGUUUUCAUUUAUUGUUUACAGGGAUAGCAUUGCAGUGUUGAAACUGUCAUUUUCUGCAACAAAUGUUGACUUGAAUGACUUGAAAACUGUCAGGUGUAUGUAAACAGUUGUCACUGACAUUGGGAAGUAAAUCAGUAAUAUAUUUCUCGGAUUAAUUUAUGUAAAUGGCACUAUAUUCUACUGAUCACCGAGUAGCUUAGUCGUUUUAAAAUGCAAUGAACACUGUAGGCUAUGCACUUCAUGUGAAAUCUCUAUCAUUGUCAUGAUGUAUAUGUAACCAGAUUAAGCCAUUUUGUUCGCCUUCCGUGGACAACAUUGUCAAUAUAACUCUAUUGGGACUUUAAUACUGUGGGAGAAUUCUGUAGGACUGCAUUCUGGAAAAAAACAUUGUGCUUGAGCAUGACGAAGUGGCAAUAAGUUAUUUAUGCGCCUUUAGAGGCUUUUCCCAUCUGUUACAACUACUGUCAACUGUAUUUAUUUCAUUUGUCUGUUAUAUUUCCAUCCGUCGAACUGGAGUGAAGCGGUUAAAGCUGUAAUAUUUCUGUAAAUAGAAGCAUUGCGCUGCUCUUGAAACACUAAACUGUAUUUACAUUUGUACAGCUUAGCCCGCGAAUCAAUGUACAGUCUUCAUGAACGUUCUGUUUGCUUUGGUCCAUUCAGAUUUGCAGUCAUGUCAGGAAGAUCUAAUCGUAUGAUGCUUUGCGAUUUGCUGUUUUUAAUAGUUUUGUAUCUCAACCCCCCCCCCCAUCCCCGCCCACAAAUGAUCUUUUGUACUGUAUCAUUAUUCAACUCUUCCAUGUCUUUAAAAAAAAUAAAAUGGACAAUUACUGACAAAACAAUAUCACGUGUCAAGCUGU